UUCCUCUUUACUUUCCAUAUUUCUUUACAGUAUGGCGUCUUUAUGAUUAUGCUGCUAAUUGCUGAAAUUGUAGCCUGUGGACUGGGCGCAUUUUACAAAGAAAAGGCGCGUGCUGAGACAAAGACUUUCCUACAAUCCACCAUUACCGAUUAUUACUCCACCAACGAUAACAUGGAUGCCGUUACAUUGAUGUGGAAUCAACUGAUGAGUCAAAUGAGCUGCUGUGGCGUAAAUGACUACCGCGACUUUGACGCCUCACUGUCGUGGCUCAGCAACAAGGGUAAUCGUACGCUACCCGAUGCCUGUUGCAUGCUCAAGGAUGUGAGCCAAUUACUGCCACGUGACGAUGAUUGUGUGACAAAUCCCAGCGAAAGCAAUAGCUUCUACAAGAAGGGCUGCUAUGAAGUGUUCACCGACUGGAUCAUUUCCCACCGCGAAAUAAUUAUUGGCGUGCUGUUGGGCGUUGGUAUUGUACAUCUGUUUGCAAUCUUUCUGGCCUUCUGCCUGUGCAAGCAAUUUGCAAAGUACCAUGGAAUGCGGCUUUAAGAUUUUAAUUGCAUGAACGGUAAAGUUGGUGAUAGACGGACACUGAAUGCCCAGCCAACGUUGGCAAUUAGUUGAACCAAAUACGAUUACACGUUGUGGCAAAAAGACUCUGAAGAAAGUUAAAGCCAUUUUUAUUAAAAAAUAAAAAAAU